AUGGUGUUAUCGCAAGUUAUCAACCAGCUAGCGAAUCCAAAUACGUAUAGCAAUAGAAGACGACGUCUCUAUAUUCCUCCGUCCACGAAUUAUCCCCUCUUCUCAUAUGGCGGAGGUGAUGACCAGAGAUCGUUCCUAUCGCUAGAUGAGCUGAGUUCGUUUUUCAUGGGUCAGGAUGACGGGAGUGACGUUGCAUCUAUCAGCUCAUCCCGAUCCCUUCCGUCUACCCUAAGCUCAUUGCCUACAUCGGAGGAUCAGGAGUCCUUCCAUUCCUGGCUUCAAGAAGAGCACGCUAGAAGAUACUCAGCUAUAAACGACAAUGAGUCCCAGGACCGCCGGUCUUAUGGCUCCCGUCUGUCUAGACCGUCAACAAAAACAGGAGGUGCUUUAGUCGGGAUCGAAGAUUUUGGAAGACUAAGAACCACGAAUUCCCGAGAGGGCCGGAUGCUUCUCAGGUACUCGCUUCCACUUAUAGUGACAUUCGUUCUCGAGCACUUCUUCUCCAUUGUUUGCUUACUUGUGGUGGGCCACUUGGGUAAGAAUGAGCUUGCAGCGGUGUCUCUAGGCUCCAUGACAUCCACCAUCUCGUUGGCUAUCUUUGAGGGCAUUGCAACUGCCUUAGAUACGUUAUGUCCUCAGGCUUAUGGCGCAGGAAAUUUGGAGAUGGUCUCCGUUCAUGUCCAACGGUGCAUGAUGUUCUCCAUGCUCAUCUUUAUUCCUGUUGCAUUGUUCUGGUGGAAUUCUCAUUACCUAUUGCGUUAUGUGAUCCAGGAGCAGCAGGUACUCGAGCUCACCACAUUAUUCCUCCGUAUCUUUAUUCUUGGAGGACCCCCAUACAUCUUUUUCGAAUGUUUCAAACGUUUCUUGCAAGCUCAAGGCAUCUUUGAGGCUGGUACUGGAGUUUUGUUCGUCAGUGCACCUCUCAAUAUUGCCCUUUCGUGGUUCCUUGUCUGGAACAAGACUUACGGCAUUGGCUAUGCCGGCGCUCCAAUCGCUACUGUCAUCAACUUCUGGGUGAUGGACAUUUUGCUCGUCAUGUACACUAUCUUUAUCGACGGAAAGCAAUGCUGGAAUGGGUUCUGUUCAAUCACCGACCUCUUCCGUAAAUGGGGUCAGUUAUCGCAUUUGGCUAUCCCGGGUAUAGUCAUGCUUGAGUCCGAAUACGUCGCAUACGAAAUCAUGACCCUUUUUGCCCUGUACUUCGGCACUGUCGAAUUGGCGGCGCAGAGUGCCGUGGGGUCGAUAGCCUCUCUCACUUACAUGGUUCCAUUUGCCGUGAGCAUUGCUGCGUCAACUCGUAUUGCUAACUUUAUUGGCGGCCAGAACAUUUUCUCCGCCAAAAAGGCAACAAACACAAGUCUCGUAUUGGGAUUGGUCGUCGCCUGCCUAAAUGGUCUCGUACUCUGGAGUGCAAAGGGAUUUAUCGCAGGCCUUUUCACGAAGGAUGAAGAGGUUGUGGAGCUUAUCAAGCGGCUUUUGAACCCGCUUGUAUCGGUGUUGCAAAUCUUUGACGGUGUCGCUUCAGUGGCAAGCGGUGUGCUCCGGGCUCAAGGUCAACAAAAAAUUGGUGGUGUUAUCAACUUUCUUUCAUACUACGCAUUCGGCUUGCCAUUGGCGCUUGUGCUUUGCAAGACCCUUGAUCUCAAGCUUUUUGGCUUGUGGAUAGGUAUUGGCAGCGGCAUGGUGCUUAUCAGUUUUAGCGAAACUAUAUUCAUCCUCUCAUGUGACUGGGAGGCUAUCAUGAUGAAAGCUGGUCUCAUGAUAGAAACAGACUCUGAUUCAGAUAUGUAA